AUGUCCGCCGACACAGUAGGAAAGACCAUCACUUGCAAGGCCGCCGUCGCCUGGGAGGCUGGCAAGGACCUUUCGAUCGAGGACAUCGAAGUAGCCCCACCUAGAGCCCACGAGGUCCGCAUCCAGAUUCAUUACACUGGCGUCUGCCAUACCGCAACAGAUGCAUACACUCUAUCGGGCAAGGAUCCCGAGGGUGCUUUCCCCAUCGUUCUAGGACAUGAGGGUGCAGGUAUCGUCGAGUCUGUUGGCGAGGGUGUGACCUCGGUGAAGCCUGGCGACUAUGUCGUGGCCCUUUACACCCCCGAAUGCAAAGAGUGCAAGUUCUGCAAGUCUGGCAAGACCAAUCUGUGCGGCAAGAUUCGAGCGACUCAAGGUCAGGGCAAGAUGCCCGAUGGAACUUCGCGCUUCAAGUGCAAGGGCAAGGACCUGCUGCACUUCAUGGGCACCUCGACCUUCUCCCAGUAUACCGUCGUUGCUGACAUUUCCGUUGUCGCCAUCGACAAGUCCGCCCCCAUGGACCGCACCUGCUUGCUCGGCUGCGGUAUCACUACCGGCUACGGCGCCGCGGUCAUUACAGCGCAGGUUGAGAAAGGUUCCAACGUCGCUGUUUUCGGCGCGGGCUGCGUUGGUCUGUCAGUCAUUCAGGGCGCAGUCAAACAGGGAGCUGGCAAGAUCAUCGUGGUCGACGUCAAUAACAAGAAGAAGGAAUGGGGCACCAAGUUCGGCGCCACCGACUUUGUCAACCCUACCGAACUCGGCAAGCAGACUAUUCAGGAAAAGCUCAUUGAGAUGACUGAUGGCGGCUGUGACUAUACCUUUGACUGCACGGGCAACGUCCAGGUUAUGCGAGCGGCUCUUGAGGCCUGCCACAAGGGCUGGGGUCAGUCCAUCAUCAUUGGCGUGGCUCCCGCAGGCGCAGAGAUCUCCACGAGACCAUUCCAGCUCGUCACGGGUCGCCAAUGGAAGGGCUGCGCGUUCGGCGGCGUCAAGGGCCGCACUCAGCUUCCUGGCCUUGUCAAGGACUGGCAGGAGGGCCGUCUGAAGGUGGACGAGUUCAUUACUCACCGGCAGCCACUGGACAAGAUCAACGAUGCGUUCCACGAUAUGCACGCAGGCGACUGCAUCCGCUGUGUGGUGGACAUGGGUGCGCAGAAGUGA